AUGAGUAAUAGUAGUAAUGGUGGUAAAAGUUCUUCUCCUUCGGGAUUAAGUCAUAAUAAUAAUAGUGGUAGUUUAAAAUCAAUAAGUAAUAACCAACAACGAAAGGUACCACCUGUCACUAAGAAAACCGUAAGUUUAGGUCCACCUCCCAGACCUCCUCCAAAGAGAGUAGAAAUUUCAUCACCUUAUGAUCCAGUACACUUGACACAUGUUGGAUUUAAUCAAGAAACUGGAGAAUUUACGGGUUUACCAAAAGAAUGGCAACAACUAUUGCAAGAAUCGGGUAUUUCAAAACAAGAUCAACAAGCUCAUCCUCAAGCAGUAAUAGAUAUAGUACAAUUUUAUCAAGAUACCGCAGGAGGAAAAAAUCCAAAUGCAAUUUGGGAAAAAUUCAAUAAUGCGAAAAUAGCUAAUAAAUCUUCUCCACCAAGUUUAACUCCAACUUCACCUCGUUCGGUUGAAAAAUUAUUUGAAAAUCCUAGAACUGCUCCGACACCACCUGAAGCAAGAAAAAAACCACCUCCACCUGCUGUUCCUUCUAGACAAACUCAAAAUCAAAAUCAGCCGGAUCAUUCUGGUGGUGGUAAUCAGAGAAGACGGGAUCCUCGUAAAGGAGCUAAAGAUAAUAGUGAUGUUAUUGAAAGGUUAAAAGCUAUCUGUACUGAUGCUGAUCCAACGAAAUUAUAUCGAAAUUUGGUUAAAAUUGGCCAAGGAGCAUCGGGAGGAGUUUACACAGCAUAUCAAGUAGGAACUAAUAUGUCAGUAGCCAUCAAACAAAUGAAUUUAGAACAACAACCCAAAAAAGAUCUUAUCAUAAAUGAAAUUUUAGUUAUGAAAGAAUCAAAACAUCGAAAUAUAGUAAAUUAUAUUGAUAGUUUUUUGUGGAAAGGCGAUCUUUGGGUGGUAAUGGAAUAUAUGGAAGGUGGUAGUUUAACGGAUGUUGUUACUAGUAAUAUAAUGACGGAAGGACAAAUUGCUGCGGUGUGUCGAGAGACAUUAGAAGGUUUAGCACAUUUACACUCAAAAGGAGUUAUUCAUAGAGAUAUUAAGAGUGAUAAUGUUUUAUUAGCAUUAAACGGAGAAAUCAAAUUAACCGACUUCGGAUUUUGUGCACAAAUUAAUGAACAUCAUAAUAAACGUACUACGAUGGUGGGUACACCAUAUUGGAUGGCACCAGAAGUGGUAACUCGAAAAGAAUAUGGACCAAAAGUUGAUAUAUGGUCAUUAGGUAUUAUGGCUAUAGAAAUGGUGGAAGGAGAACCACCUUAUCUAAAUGAAAAUCCUUUAAGGGCAUUGUAUCUCAUUGCAACAAACGGAACACCACAAUUACAAAAUCCAGAAAGUUUAUCAAUUGUAUUUCGAGACUUUUUAAAUAAAUCUUUGGAAGUUGAUUCGGACAGAAGACCUACUGCAAUUGAACUUCUUAAGUUGUUAGUAUUAAGAGUAGGUAUAAAUAAUAAUUAG